AUGUAUACACAAUUCAAAAUUUUAUUAAUCAUUUGUUUUUUACAAUUAAUUCCAGUGUCACAUACACUCUAUUUUCAUAUAAGUGAAACUGAACGAAAAUGUUUUAUUGAAGAAAUGCCUGAUGAUACAUUAGUUAUUGGCAAAUAUAAAGUUGAAUUAUUUGAUGAAAAAACAAAUGGAUAUCUUCCAUCAACACCUGGAAUUGGUAUGCAUGUUGAAGUAAAAGAUCCCGAUGAUAAAAUUGUUCUAUCAAAAUUAUAUACCAAUGAAGGACGAUUUACAUUUACUUCACAUACACCUGGUGAACAUGUUAUCUGCUUAUAUUCAAAUUCAACUGCUUGGUUUGGUGGACAAAAAUUACGUGUUCAUCUUGAUAUUGAUAUUGGUGAACAUGCAAUAGAUUAUGAACGUGUUGGUGCACAGGAAAAACUUACUGAACUUCAAUUACGUGUUCGACAAUUAUUGGAUCAAGUUGAACAAAUAACCAAAGAACAAAAUUAUCAACGUUAUCGUGAAGAACGUUUUCGUGCUACAAGUGAAUCAACAAAUUCACGUGUUUUAUGGUGGUCACUUGCGCAAUUAAUUGUUCUAGUCAUAGCUGGAUUUUGGCAAAUGCGUCAUUUAAAAGGAUUUUUUGAAGCAAAAAAACUCGUUUAA